UGUUAUUACAUUUGUCGUACGACAAGUUACGAAAAAUCAAUAACACUCUCCUGUUACCGACAUUUCAUGCAUGCAGCACGGAAUACAACCAAAAUUGGGCACUGCAUUACCCGCUUGAAAAAUGGGCGUAGCACGGACACGCACCAAGUGGAGACUUUAUCGGCAGUACUUGAAAAUGGGUGUAGCGGAAUAGUUCCAAAAAUGGAAAUGGGCGUAAAGCGCUGGAAUCAGUCGAGCGAAAACGGUAAAACGCCGGGAUGGCCGCUCUCAGGUUUCUCUCUGAUGUGCGUGGAAAAAAAAUACAAUUCAAUCUCGAAUCGACCAAUCGCAGCCAGAAAUAUCGAGGCGGGCGGCACCAAGCGCAGGAAAAUCCCCAGCCCGGAAAGAGUCUGAAAACAACUAGAGGGAAGAGUCUCAUAACCUCAAAGAUACACAGAUUCGAAAUACAAAAGAAGUGUCUUGCGGAUUCGAGGGGAUAGGAUCGUGAAUACACCUCGCGGUACUACGAAGCAUGGAUGUCCAACGGCACUCCGUGCACACGCUGGUGUUUCGGUCCUUGAAGAGAACUCACGAUAUGUUCUUACUAAAUCAGGGAUCCUUGCCGCCGGAGGAUCCUGUUUUGCAGCAAAUGAAGAAGAUUGUAAAAGCAAAAGACUGUUACGGCCCAGUAUUAGAACGUGUUAAACAGAACAACAUGGCUAAAGUGCAGCAAGAAAACGACACUGCGGAUCCGCCGCCGCCAGGAGACGAAACUUUCGGAGUCAGCGCGAUGUCGGCGGUCGUUCCUUACAGCGCGACGAAAGGGAACGCAAGCGUGGUGCCAAUGGGGACGGGGAGCAACGUGGGUGGCGGUGCGCUCGCGACGCCGCAAAAGAAACCGCCCUCGAUGGUGAAGCCCAAGUGGCACGCGCCGUGGAAGCUGUACAGGGUCAUCAGCGGUCACUUGGGAUGGGUGAGAUGUUGCGCCGUGGAGCCUGGGAACGAGUGGUUCGCCACAGGCUCGGCCGACCGAGUGAUCAAAAUAUGGGAUCUAGCGAGCGGCAAGCUGAAGGUUUCGCUCACCGGCCACAUAAGCAGCGUUCGUGGCCUCGCGUUCUCUCAGAGGCACCCCUACUUAUUCUCCUGCGGCGAGGAUCGACAGGUCAAGUGCUGGGAUCUGGAGUACAAUAAGGUGAUCAGGCACUACCACGGCCACCUGUCGGCGGUGUACUCCAUGGCGCUGCACCCCGCCAUAGACGUCCUGGUGACGGCGGGACGCGACUCCACCGGGCGGGUGUGGGACAUGCGCACCAAGGCGAACGUCCACACCCUCGUCGGGCACACCAACACGGUGGCCAGCGUAAUCUGCCAGUCCGCAGAGCCCCAGAUCAUCACCGGCAGCCACGACUGCACGAUACGCCUGUGGGACCUGGCCGCCGGCAAGUCCAGGGCCACCCUGACGAAUCACAAGAAGAGCGUGCGCGCCCUGACGUUCCACCCGUCCCUGUACAUGUUCGCCUCGGCGUCGCCGGACAACAUCAAGCAGUGGAAGUGCCCGGAGGGCAAGUUCAUUCAGAAUCUGUCCGGCCACAACGCCAUAGUCAACUGCCUGGCCGUCAACGCCGACGGGGUCUUGGUCUCCGGCGCCGACAACGGCACCAUGCACCUCUGGGACUGGCGGACCGGUUACAACUUCCAGCGGCUCCAGGCGCCGGUCCAGCCCGGCUCGAUGGACAGCGAGGCCGGCGUGUUCAGCAUCACGUUUGAUAUGUCGGGCACUCGCAUGAUUACGACAGAGGCUGAUAAGACUAUUAAAGUGUACAAGGAAGACGAUACUGCCACCGAGGAAACGCAUCCCGUCGACUGGCGGCCCGAUAUAAUCAAGCGAAGAAAAUACUGAACUGCUUUAACUUAUUUCUAUUGUAUAUACGCUGAUCCGAUUAAUUUAACGUGACUAUAAAGUUGUAACGUGUUGGAGAAUUAUUUUUUAUAUAGGAUCGCCUUGACUCCCAGACUGUAAGACGGACAGAGCUAUCCGAGCUGCAAUAAAAGAGAGAAAAGAUUUCCACCGA